AUGGUGUUCACAAAUAUAUUCGUUCUAAUUGUUAUUCUAUUACAAAUUGGUAAGUAUCACGCGAUUUUCAAAAUAAUAAGAUUUUCUCGAAAGAAAUCACACGCAAUUAUGCAACCCCACCCCCAUAAAUCGUUAUUUUUCUAUUUUUUUCGAGGAAAAUUUUUAGAUUGUGGGAAAAAUUUUGUAGUCUAAAAAAUUCAUAAUCAUUUCUCUUUAUAAUAAUGAGAAAAAAUUUUCUUGAAAAUCAAUCAAUAUGAUUUGAAGAAAAAAUCAAUAUUGACAUGAAAAAGGGAGAAAACACACACAAAGUAAGAAGGCUGAAAAUGAAAAAUAAAUAAGGUGAGAAUAAGAAAUCGCGGAAAGAAAAUGCAGGCGGAGACAUGUUAGAUGGAGAAAAGAAAUCACUGUGCUGUAUGUAUGUUCUGCCAUUUUCGUCUUCGGAAUUUAAUCAGAAUGAAAAAAUAAACGGCGACAAAAAUCGCAGGCAGGUGUAUGCCCUCCGAAGGCGAGCGCGCGUUUUUCUCGAGACAUUUAUUUGGUUAGGUUUCGGAUUUUUAUGGGUGUGCUGCCGCUGCUACUGCUGAUUUUUUGAUAUGUUUCAGACAGAGAUCUGUGGUGUUGGGCUGAAUUUUGUUUUGAGAAGUUGAAUUGAAGAAAAUGAAAUAAUAAUAGCAAAACUACUGUAAGCCUCACUUAAAUUUAAUGGAAGAAAAAUGAAUUCACACGAUUACCUGAAAAAAAAUUCAAAAUUGUAUUAUAAGUUUUUCGUCUAAAUUUUUUGAAACUACAGUAAUUCUAGAUUUCAUGACCAAUUGUAUAUUUCAAAAAAUAUCAAAAUAUAGUUUUCAAUAUUAUCAAAAUUAUUUUCCGAAAUCAUUUUUCGAAACCUAAUUGAAACAUUUUUCCAUUAAUAUUCCGAAAAUUAAACUUGUUCAAUGAAUUUCAGCGACGAUUAGAUCGUUUUAAAUUCACUAGAAGACACGACUGCAAUUAUGUUAGCUACAGUAACCCACACAAUUGAGCUUUUUGAAUUAUGUUCACACAAUUAGCCAAAAUUGAGCUCUGUAUUUUUUGUCUGGAAAAUUGACUAGGUAUUUUGAAACUUAUGGAAAAGUGAAAUAUAGGUGAAAACUUUCUUGGUGGUCUUAAUUUCAUGGUAAUUUUCUAAUCCGUUCUUAUCACUCUUAUAAAUCAAAAACUGAAACACCAAGUCUAACAAACUAACACCGAAAAUCAAAAACGAUUUUCUAAAACCAAUUAUCCCUACUCGAUUUGCUUUAACUCUUGUCGCUCGCAAAAAUAGCCUACACACAUUUAUGUAUAUCAACCACCAAAUAAUAUAUCUAAUAAAUCCAUAACGCAGAUGAAAAUUUGCCUGUUCGUCUAGACCUCAGGGCAAAAAAUAUAGAUUUCUUGAGGGGCGUUCUUAUGGAAUUUUGAAAAAAAAAGUCGAUGAAAUGGAACAGGUGAAAUUUGGAAAUUUUUCGAGAAAAUUGGAUUUUAGAAUAAAUUAAAGGUUUCAAAGAAAAAUGGGAAUAUGAAGCUUUUCUAAUAACAUAACAUUUGAAAAAUGAAAUUUUGUCACUUUUUCAGAAAAACUAUUAUUCUUCAAAAACAGAUUUUUAGGAGCGAUUCAAGGUGAAUGCCCUUGUGAAGGAAUUGUUAUUGAUGGAACUGACCAAAGUCAUUGUUGGCAAUUAGAAUCAAGACAAUAUACAACUUGGACAUCAGCUGAUACAGCGUGUCAAUCUGUUGGUGGACAUUUGGGGCAUCCGGAUCAAUCAGAUUUCGAAACGGUUUGGAACUAUGUGAAAGGCAACACAAGUUUACCAGUGAUAACUGGAAUUGUGGCGGGGAAUGUUGAAAUACCGAUUUAUGCGAAAAUGUGCCCAAAUAAUGUGUUUUAUGGAACCAUCAGCAAUACUACAGAUCUUUUUUCAAAUGUAAAUUUUAAAAUUUAGAAAAAAAUAUGAACUCAUCUUGAUAUGGGGCUAGGUUUCAGUUUUUUCUCAAAGUCUUGAGCCGAAAAUUUUGAAAAUUCACAAGUUCUGAAGAUAGAUGAUUAAAAAUAUUCCCACUCACAAAAUCAUCUCCUACAGACCGCGUCUUUGAACGAAACGUGCUCAUUCAUGACAACCGACACCAGCGAACUCGUUUUCAAAUCGUGCUCAACAAAUGCAAAAGUGUUAUGUGAUCGACGUAGGUUUUUCCCCAGAAAUCAGGUGCUUUUUUCCAAAGUUUAGAAAUUAUCAGCAAAAAAAUAAUAUGAAAAAUGAAAAGAAAAGAAAAGAAAAAACUAAAAGUCAAGAAAAAAAGAAGACGAAAAAUGUAGUCCUGUUUUUCUCGAAGAAAAUUUGUACUAGGCUACAAAUUUCAGCUCUCGAGAAGGAUGACUAUUGCUCUAUAAUGGCUAAUUGCACAACAACUACUACAUCAACUACUGUAACUACAACCCUAUCUGACUCAACCUCAGUACCUACAACCACAACAACAUUGACUACAAGUACAGAAACCCCAAGCACUUCAUCUCCAUCAACAUCUGAAACUGAGUCAACAUCAACAACAGAAUCCACAUCCACAUCCACCUCAACUACAACCUCAACAUCCACCUUAACUUCCACUGCAUCUACAGAAAUUCCUGAUUCUGUAGAUUCUACCACUUCUACCGUAACCACAACCACAACGACAGCUUCCAAAUCCGAUACAUCAACCCAAGCGUCGGCAUCGGCCACAACUUCAUCUUCAUCCACAAAAUGUUUGAAACAUCAAUUCAAAUUGUUUGGAAUGUGUAUUGAUUGGAGAGCUCUUCUUGCGAUGAUAUUGAUCAGUCUAUUGAUUUUUCUAUGCUGUUGUAUUUGCCAUUUUUGUUUGUCCGCUUGCAUGUGGUGCAGUCCGAAGAAACGUGAGAAGGAGUGA